ACCACCCAUCUUUAUCCAUCCCCUUCCGCUAGCUAUUACUCUCUUCCCCAGAAAGCUCCAUCUCUCCUCGCCAGCAAUUGAUCAUUAGAAAAUGGAUGCAUGGAAAGUGGUUGGAGGCAUAACAGUGAUGCUGAGUUUCUUGAAAUGGGUAUGGGAAAUUCUUCUCCACACUUCCUUCUUCCAUCCCCACUCCCACUCCCACUCCCACCUUCUUAUUCUUCUGCAAGGCCGGCCGGCCGCCGCCGCACCUCGCUACCACGGGGCCGCCGACGAGGACGCGGAGUGCGCGGUGUGCUUGUCGAGGAUCGAAGAAGGCGACGAGAUCCCGGAGCUGACGUGUCGCCAUGCGUUCCAUCAAGUAUGUCUGGAGAGAUGGUCGGAGUUCUCCUUCUUCUCCCGCCGCCGCCGCCACCCCACGUGUCCACUCUGCCGCCGCUCCUUGACCGCCGGGGCGCCGGAAGUGUUGGUGUUUGUUUGAUUUUGCUCGUCUCGUUUGCUCAGACGACGACACUCGCCGCCACACUUGGUGGCUCCGCUAGCUAGCUGAGUUUAGGUUAAGAUAAUUAUAUCUGCGCAGCAUGUAAUUAACUAGCUAGCUAUAUAGCUAGUGUAUGUUUAAUUAUGUAUAUUAUGUUCGUCGAUACCAGCUGCAUGCAAAUCGGAAUAAGAAUCUAUUCAAAUC